AUGCGAGAAGAACAGGCCCUGCUGGCGGGACUGGUAGCCGUGUGCGCCGUGUCCGCGGCGGCCCUGGUGCGCCUGGUCGCCGUCCUCCGGAUCUUCCGACGCCACCGGCAGCAGCAGCAGAGCUUUACCAACGGCAACCUCGGCCAGGAAGAAGAACGGCGGCACCUGCAAGCGACGGACGCCGACAGAGUCGCCUCGUCGCGCGUCAUCGUGCCCUCCCUCCUGUUCCACGUCCUGGUGUUCCUGUGCCUGGCGGUGGAGGUGCCCGUCUACGCGUGCCGCUGGCUGUCUUCCAGCGGGAUCGCCGUGGGCUUGGUCCAGGGCGAUCGAUCGCUGUACGCCCUGCACAUGACCAGCUACCUGCUGCUGUUCAUGGCCUUCUCUGUCGUAGUCACGCUGUGGAACGACGUCGCCGUGUUCGAGCCCAACGAGUGCACCGCGCUCAUGAACAGAUCGAUGGUCGCCCUCUGCGUGUGCUACGUCCUGGUGACCGGCAUCGCCGUCAGCGUGUGCCUCGGUGUCGGGAACGUCAAGUACUUCCUCUCCAGCUUCGCCUUCCUCCUGUUCUGCGCCUACAGCAUAGCGGUCCUUCUCCUGCUGGGGGCGUCCUUCUUGGUGCUGGGGUGUCUGCUGCAGCAGCGUAUAUGCCGGGUCUUGGUGACCGGCAGCUGUACCGCACGGCUCACGGCUAGGAUUGUCCGCCUCAACGUCGUUAUGCUGGCGUGCUUCACCUGCUUCACCAUGAGGGCGCUGAUGCUGGCUGGAUUGAUCCAGGCGCAGGCGGAAGGAGAGGAGAGCGGAAAUUACGCCAGCGGAUGGAAAAGGAGGGAGCAGGACAUGAGGUUGGAGUGGGCGCUGCACGUGAUCCCGUGCGUGGCCAUGCUGUACCUCAUGCGGAAAGCCGGGGAGCCGAGCUCGUCCUCAUCGUCAACCGCGACAACGCCGGCCGGCAAGGAGUACGGUGGUGACGAGAGCACGGGGUUUAGCGGUGCUGACGUGGAGGAUGGAUACGGCGAGCAGGCGCCUGGUUCGAACAGAUACCUCACCGGCGGCGGCGGCGGCGGCGGCGGUUAUACCGGCUGA